CCGCUACCUCCAAGAUUAAGUCCCAUUCCACUGACUCACAGCCAGCCGGAGCCAGGGAGUGGUGUUUUUACGAAUCAUAUGACCCCAGCUUCUAGCCAGUUCACCACAGGCACCUGCGGCGAUGCGGCCCUGCAUACCUGCGACCUGUGCGGCAAGGCCUUCCGUCUGCAGCGCAUGCUCAACCGGCAUCUCAAAUGCCACAGCCAGGUGAAGAGGCACCUGUGCAGCUUCUGCGGCAAGGGCUUCAACGACACCUUCGACCUCAAGCGGCACGUGCGCACGCACACAGGCAUUCGCCCCUACAAGUGUGAUGUCUGCCACAAAGCCUUCACCCAGCGCUGCUCCUUGGAGUCCCACCUGAAGAAGAUCCACGGGGUGCAGCAGCAGUAUGCCUACAAGCAGCGCCGGGAUAAGCUGUACGUCUGUGAGGACUGCGGCUACACGGGCCCCACCCAGGAGGACCUGUACCUGCACGUGAAUGGUGCCCACCCGGGCAGCGCGUUCCUCAAAAAGACAUCCAAGAAACUGGCAGCUCUCUUGCAAAACAAGCUGACGUCCUCGCUCCAGGGAAACGCCAACCUGAGUGAGGAGGAAGAGAAGUAGGAGAGGGGCGUGUAUGCCAACUCUGCCACGUGUCCACGGAUUCCUGGUGUUGCAGGUCCCCUGCCCCACGUGCUAUUCCAGAGUCCACGUGGUCCGUUCAUCUCUGUCCUGGGGGCCUCAUUGGGGGCUCCGUGCCAACACUGUCGUUGAUAACAGUGGCAUCAGGCCCCUGUCACCUGGGCCCUCAGGAACGCUAUCACACUAAUGGAAGCUUGUGGAGGGCUGUGAUCACCGUCUGGGUCUAGUUUUCGUUUUUUGUUUUGUUUUUAGGAUUUUCACACAUGGAGGCAGGGGUGUUCUGAGAGAAACAACCUUGGAGAGAUUGAUAUGGUGCCUUGAAAUAAAAGUACUUCCACUUGAAAUGCUACUCCAGCAAGGAAAACGAAUUCUGUUAUUCUGAAAGCAUUGGCUGGAGUUAUUCUAAUAAAGGGAACAUCCUUGUGGAAUUAUCCGGCUCAGAAUGCAACAGGAGAGUGCUGACCUGGUGCUCCCUGUCCAGGGCUUAUCGCGGGAGCUUUGACUUCAGGUUGUUUGGGCAUGAGUGUUUUGUACUAGUGGGUAGGUUUGAAGAAGCGAAUCUUGAGCACUGGGUAAAGGUAAAUACGUGGCUGGUGAGCUGGGCAGAGGCUCAGGGCUCGGCUUGGAUGGGCUCACAGACACUCUUGGUGGCCAAGCGUCCUGUGGAGAUGCUCUAGCCUCCUGGGACAGGCCUGCUGGCUGAAGGCCGUCUUCCACCCUCCUUGAGUCUGGCACUGGGGCCGAGGCUGGAGCAUGAGUAGCCCCGGAGCAUACUCAGUGCCCUUGAGUGGUGGUGGUGUGGGGACGACGGUGGCAUCAGUAUCUCCUUCAGGGCCUGUGAGUGCUAAGCAGAGUGACCUUUGGCCACCUGCACCUCCUCACCUGGGACAUUAGCGAUAAAGUCGGCCGGGACUGAGAUGGAGCAAAAGGGAAACCGGGGUUGGGGGGAGGGGGUGUGGUGUGGUUUCCAGGGUUCCCCCAUGCCUGGAAGGGUGGGAGGAAGGAUCUGGAUCUCCCCAGAGCCACAGUGGCCAGGAAAGUUUUACCCCAGUCCCAGGAGCUGCCAGAACCAGUCAGGAGGUCUGAUCCACAGCACCUCGCUGGACUUCGCUGCCCCUUGGCCCCUGGGCGCUGGCCGAGUGCACAGGUUCAAUCCUCCUCUCGAAAGUUAAGAAAACCUUGGCUUCGGCGCUAGUCUGGGAACGUUGCGACGACGUGGCCGUUUUCUUCUUGCCUCCCUGCCUGCAUUGUCCUCCCCCUCUUCCCUCCCCUGUUGCUUCCACCUUCUCUCCCCAACUCCCUCCCCCCGCCCCCAACACUGUGGUCAGGCCUCAGGCUGCAGUCUGGUUUAAGUGGUACAUCCUAUAACUCAACACUUCUCUGUGGAGUCAGCAGCACUUUUCUUCAGAAGGAAGGAAGGAGGAAAUAAAUUCUCUUUUCACACCUAUGAUGCACGAGGCACCAAGCCAAGCAUGACGUUCUCUGGUCGCUCCUGUAGGGUCAGCAUCUCUGUGCCUGGAGCUGCGGCUGGAACUGGCCGCUGGAGGAAGGGUCCAGGGAUCCUAAAUCUGGUUAGGACUCCUUUACCCCUCUCCCCACCCUCCCUUCAGAAAGGAAAGACAAGGCCUCAGGUUCAACGUUGGCUGCACCUGAGGCUGGUGUGAGACAAAGGCAGGCUUUGGGGGAUCCUCACCACCUGUGUCACCUGCCCUGGGGCAGUGGCGAAGGGCAAGACAGCCCUGUGCGGCCACCUGGGUCCUGUCCACUGUGUCUGAAGUUCUGGCUAUGUGGGCCGGGGCAGUGGUGCCCUGUGGUCUGAACAGUACAUUCAAGCAUCAGCCGUGGCAGGGUUGCCCUUGGGACCCAUGGCGACACGUGGGGUGGGGUGGGUGGUUGCUGGGUGCAGUCUCCUGGGACAGAGUCAGUGCUGAGGGCUCAACCCUGGCUCCAAUGGGCGAGUGGCGUUGGGUCUCAGCACUUGACACAGGAGAGAGAAGCUGGGAGGCAGCUGGUUCUUUUUCCUCAGUUAUCUGACAUUCCUGUAAGGGAAUACCUAAGUGACUCUGUCUGGACCAGCUGCCCUGUGGCCGGUUUUGUACAGAGAAUUGUGAACUAGCUGACAUGGUGUUCUCUUUAGGGUCAGAUUUUUAUUAAACAGAACUCUUCUGGUUGCAAGUGACAGAAAAUCAAUUUAAAAUGACUUUAAUGGACAAAAAGAAUGUAUUAGCUGUAAUGUCUGGGGUUUUUCCAGCUUCAGGGUGGCUGGGCCUAGGUGCUUAAAUCAUUUGAUCCUGUAUCUUUUCUUUUAACCAGUUUUCCUCCAGGUGGCUUCUUUCUCAGGCAGGUUCAAAUGGGGCUGGAUGACCAUCCACUGUUCCGGACGGGGCUUUAUCCUGGGCUGAUGCUUCUUGUCUCUGACUGGCCCAGUUUCUCUCUCAUCACUGCCUCCCCUUGACCCCAGCCAAUCAUGUGCUCUGUGCCCAGGCCUAAGCCGGGGCUCCUGCCUCCUCUGAAGCAGGGCUGAGAGGGCAGCUGACUACACCUCUGGCCUAGGAGAGGUCUGAGUGGGUCUCCAGCAGGAAAGCAGGGUUCUUUGACCAGAGAGGACAUGGAUAUUGGGCAGGUGUACCAGCUAAGACAGGGCACAGCUGUGGGAACAAAGAUUCCCAGCACAUGAUGUGGCUUAAAGCAGGAUGUUUCCUCCUCCCCUGGUGGCUCUGGGUUGGCAGGUAGCUCACCUCCAUGCCAUUACUCAGGGACCCGGACUUCCCGUGUCUGUCGCUCUAGGACCUUGUCAAUAUGUGCUUGGUUGGAGCUGAGCCUCUGGGUUUCAGCCAGUAAAAGAAUUGUCGUGGUUUGGUUUCCUCCAGAAGCUGCUUCUGAGGUGAGAAUUCAAGGUCAAGUUACUGGCUUAGGAGGUGAUCCCAGGAAAGAACAGAUGUAGGGUGUUGGGGAGUGGGACAGGAGAAGGAAGACAAUACAGGGACCGUAACUAGGGAAGUUGGGCUUUCCCAGGUGCCACAGUGGCAAAGAAUCUGCCUGCCAAUGCAGGGGAUGCGGGUUCGAUCCCUGAGUUGAAGAUUCCCUAGAGAAGGAAAUGGCAACUCACUCCAAUACUCUUGCCUGGGAAAUCCCCUGGACAGAGGAGCCUGAUGGGCUACAGUCCAUGGGGUCGCAAAGAGGGGAACAUGACUUAGCAACUGAGCAUGCACACACAGGUACAACCAGGAAAGUUACUGGUGUCCCAGUGGGGGGUCUCUGGGAGGCAGUUGUCCCCAGGAGGGGCACAGCAAGCCAUUGUCUACUGGCUCCACACGCCUGGGGUUUGGUUGAGGAUGCUGGCGUGGGAGCGUUCAUUUCUGGGCCUUUCCAUCUUGCCCUGUGCACUGACCAGGCAUGCCUCAAGUGCCAAGAAAACCCCUUAGGCAGAGCCCGAGGGCUUGGCUGUGAGCAAUGUUAAUAGACCAAGUACAGCAAAUGCUGAGGGGACAUGGAUGGGGAGGCACUGGGUCUGGUUCAGGGGUGGACAGGUCCCACCCACCCUCUGAACCAGUUGGCCAGAAAUGGUACAUAGCCCUUUUAGUCACCUUUCUGGGUGAUGACUUUACCAUGUUAGUGAGGGGGACUGGGGAGGGAACACAGGUUCUCAGCCAUGGGCUCUCGUAGGCCAGGGCAGAGGGGACAGAUGAUGGGAGCAGCUUGCAGAUUCUGCCGCGGCAGGCAAAACCAGCCGACAACCACCCCGAGCCUCUGUCCCCUCCUCCCACCCGUUUGCUUAUCCUGCUCUCUGCCAGUUGUCAGGAAAUCCUGCUACAGCAUCCAGGGUCAGGAUUUAGGGCACUGGUUCUCAGGUUGGCAGCCCUGGAAACUUAAGUCCAUAGUGGUGAGGAUGAACAUGGAUGAACUGUUGUCAGUAUCUUCUGCCCUCAUUGGAAUCCAUCCAUUAACCUGUACGAAGUCAGGCUAGGUCAGGAAGGUCUUUGCUGUUGGUUGAUCUUCGGUCGGCACUGAGAAUGGAAACGAAUUCUUGUCAGAAGUGCCUCCUGGCGGUUUGUUUUGGAAAGAGGGAUCUGUUAUCACCCGUGUGCUGUAUGUGCUUGAUGUCCUAGGUUGGGUUCCUUGAAGCAGAGCCUGAGACCGGGAAUCGAGGGCAUGUGGUUUGCUGGGGUAGGCUCUCAAGAGAAACCGGGAAGGAGGUGAGGGAUGCCAGGUACAACGGAGAGAAACCAGGCGAGGAUGUGGGUGCAGCUGGAGUCUAGCCACGGUGUGAUCUCAGGAGCCACACGCGGUGUCUCUCCUCGAGGCCGAGAGAGGCUGUUGGCUGUGGCUUAUCCCUGGGAGGUGGCGGGGAGGCAGGACCAUCGGGCUGUUAAGCAGCCAACACUCUUGGAAUCCAGGGGUGGUUCACAUGGCGGUUUCCAAGGUGAGGGAGGGAGAGAUCAUAGGAAUGGAUUCUUAGCUGUGAAACCGAUAUUUACGUUUUGAUAAGGGACCUCUUUUGGAGCUAAAGGAGUGAAUCAUUUAUUGCAAAUUAUCUUGUGUUUGGGAGAGAAAUAAAAAAUAGUUUUAAACGUAUGCAAAGACAAGUCCUUUCCUCACUCAUGUCUCUCAUCUGCCCAGCCUCUCUACCAUCCAUCAUAAUCAACCACUGUUAGCUUCUUGGGAAAGUUCUGGAGUUUCUUUACUCCUAUAGAAGCAAAUACGAACAUAUGUGUCCUUGUUCUCUACUGUUGUUUUUUAAAAUUAACAUAUAGCAUCAUGCAUACUCUUUGGAACCCUGCAUUUUUCUUUUUUUCUUUAUUUUUUAUUGAAGUAUAGUUAAAUUACAGUGUUGUAUUAGUUUCUGGUGUACAACAAAGUGAUUUACUUAUACUAUACACAUUCUUUUUCGUAUUCUUUUCCAUUACAGUUUAUUAAAAGAUUGAAUAUAGUAACCCGUGCUAUAUAGUAGGACCUUGUUUCUGUUUUAUAUAUAAUAGUUUGUAUCUGCUAAUCCCGAACUCCUAAUUU